AUGGUACCUGGCUUAUCUCACUUGUCCACUCUAGAGUGUGAGUCGUGUCAGCUCGUCCCUAUCUCCCAUUCAUCUUCCUCCAUAGCUCCACCGCCUACAGUUCUAGUUACAGCUCCACCACCUAUAGCUCCAGUGUCACCACCUAGUCCAGUGCCACCACCUAGUCCAGUUCCACCAACUAUAGCUCCAGUGCCACCACCUAGUCUAGUUCCGCCAACUAUAGCUCCAGUGCCACCACCUAGUCCAGUUCAACCUUCUACAGCUCUACCACUCCUGACUUAUCAUUGUCGUCCGCUCUCAGCAUCGGGCCCAGCUGAUUCACAAGUUCAGUUCAGUCUAGCUUUGUUCUAUCGCGUCAGUUCACGGCUUCACGCUACUCCUAACUUUCCUCCCUUCGUGCGUAAACCUAGCUCUAUUCUAUCGCCACUCGCCACUGUCGCCGUUGUUCUAUCGCCACUGUCGCCAUUGACUCAGUCUUCACUUUCUGGCAGGUUUGUAGCAUUAUACAGGAUUGGGGUCAUAUGUCUUGUGUCGUUGGUUUUGGCUUGUGCUUUUACAGCAACUUGA